UGACUUUGUGUGAGACGCAGCCGCCGCCCGCCCGCCUCUUCCUGCUCUGCGCCGCCAUCACCUGGCUCAGCUCAGCCUUUGGGGCUGAAGCGCAGAAACAUUAGUGUACUCCGAGUUCGGGCUGCCGUGGGCCUUCCCGUCCCUCGGCAGAUAAGCAUGCGUCGCAGCACAGCGCAGACGAGGCCAGGCCACGGCCACUACCUGCCGCCUGGCCAGCUCCAGCAGCAGCAGCCGUUCAGCCAACAGCAGCAGCAGCAACAGCACGCCGAGCACCAGGUCGCGCACCAUCCGCCCCCCCACCAUGCGCGCCCGGCCGUUGCCGCCGCCCCUGCCACGGGCCCUACCUCGCACCUCACCACCACCAGCUUUGCCUCCUUGCCUCUGGCGGCUGCCAGCCAGCGCUCGCUGACCGAGGUGCUGCGGUUUGAGUUCCUGACCAGCGUCCAGGAGGCCACGCUGCCGGCGGUGCUGAACGGCGGCGACGUCAUGGCGCGCGCCAAGACCGGCACCGGCAAGACGAUGGCCUUCCUCAUCCCGGCGGUGGAGGCGCUGUGCCGCGCGCCGCCGCGCUCCGGCUCCGGCAUCUCUGUCCUGGUGCUGUCGCCGACACGGGAGCUGGCCUCGCAGAUUGCUAAGGAGGCCGAGGCGCUGCUGCGCUUCCACCCCUACAAGGCCCAGGUCGUCUACGGCGGCACCAACAUCAACAGCGAGCGCAACCGCCUGGCGGGGCGGUGCGAUGUGCUGGUGGCCACCCCCGGCCGCCUGAUUGACCAUCUGGAGAACUCGGGGCUGGCGGCCACGCUGCAGGGCAUCCGCACGCUGGUGCUGGAUGAGGCCGACCAGCUGCUGGAGAUGGGCUUCAGGCCCGCCAUCGAGAAGAUCCUGAGCUUCCUGCCCAAGAGCCGCCAGACGCUGCUGUUCAGCGCCACGAUGCCGCAGGCGGUGCAGCAGGUGGCUGGGCUGGCGCUCAAGAAGCAGCACGCCUUCAUCGACACCAUCGGGGAGGAGGACUCGGCCACCAACACGCAGGCACGCCUCCCUGCCGCGCCGCGGGAGGCCCCGCGGCCGCUGCACUCCCCGCGCGUGGAGCAGAGCUACGCUCUGGUGCCCAUGGAGGACCAGUUCACCGCCAUCUUCUCGGUGCUGCGCCGCCACGCGCAGACGACGCCCGACCACAAGAUCAUCUCUGCGCGCGACAAGGCCAGCAAGGAGUUCCGCACCGCCACCUCAGCCAUCCUCUUCUCCUCAGAUGUGUCGGCGCGCGGCGUGGACUACCCCGACGUCACCAUGGUGCUGCAGGUGGGCAUCCCCAGCUCGCGGGAGCAGUACAUCCACCGCCUGGGGCGUACAGCGCGGGCGGGCCGCGCCGGCGUGGGCCUGCUCAUCCUCAUGCCAGAGGAGCAGCACUUCAUGCGCCAGCUGCGGGACCUGCCGCUGACUGCGGAGCCAGGCGUGCCCACCACGCCCCAGGACGUGGCGGCGGUGAAGGCGGGCCUGGCCCGCGUGGGCGACCGCCUGCCCGACAUGGCCUAUGCCGCCUGGCUGGGCUUCUACAACAGUGCCAAGGGCAUGGGCUGGUCUAAGCCCGAGCUGGUGCAGCAGGCCAACCGCUUCUCGGCGGUGAUGGGCCUGUCGCAGCCGCCGCCGCUGCAAAAGAAGACGAUUGGCAUGAUGGGCCUCAAGGGCGUGCCCGGCCUGCGCAUCGACGACAGCGGCGGCGGCGGCGGCGGCCGCAGCGGCGGCUGGGGCGGCGCCGGCGCGAAUGGCGGCGGCGGCCGGCAGCAGCAGGCCAGGCCGGCACAGGUGCACCAGGGGGCCAGCUACGGCAGCGUGGGCGCCAACGGCGAGGGCGGCGCCGGGCGCAAGCGGGGCCGUGGAAACGGUGGCGGGCGCGGCGGCGGCGGCGGCGGUGGCGGCGGCAGAGGCCGCGGCCCGCCUCCCGGCGCUUCCAACUACUGA